AUGCUGCUCUGGAUCGGGUUAGCGACGACACAGGCGUUCUUCGCCACUUCCGCUGCCGUGCCGAAGGCGAAGGGACGUGGUGGCGUCCGCGCGAAGAAGGGCGGUUCUGUGCCUGUUGCGGAGGGUUAUGCAAGAAAAAAACACCAUCACAAUCACACUUGGGAGGUUUUGCAUCAGAAAUUUGUCUCGCAUGACAAAUUUUUCUUGUAUUGCAAAAACACAAAGGGAAAUCGCGUAUAAGUCUUGACUGUGAUGCAUUUUUGCGCAUGACAAAAUUUUUUGUAUUGCAAAAAUGUGCAAAAGUGAUUGUGAUGGUGUUUUUUUCUUGAAUAAGGGUGCGAGCAGUUCUAGUACCCUCACGGGAAGUACUAGCGGUACGCAGACUUCGAUCAAGACAUCGAUCAAAGGGAAAGCGAAAGCCGAACCCAAGCCGAAAGCCAAAAAACCAGCAAAGAAAAGAUGGUACACGAGCCCGAACACCAGGGGCUUCUUUGAGCAGAUCAUAAAGGUAUCCUCGGGCAACGUUGCGGACUCCACCGACUACAAAGCGCAGGAAGCGUUGGAAACGAUUGCUGCGCACAAGAGGACUUGUGACACUGGUCUGGAUUCGUCCAAUUCUGACAGGAGCCUGUUCCACAAUAAGGCAUCGUCGCUGCUGGAGCGGGCCUAUCAUGCGAAGUGGGAGCAGACUGCGGAAAAUGUUGGGAAAAAAGUUCGGACUAGAGACGUCGAAGACGAAGUUUGGAAAAAUAACGGUCGAGAGGAACAAAAGGAUUCCGAACUCCGCUUUCUAGCGGCGUUUUUGUUCGAUGUGGAGCAUCGGAUGCAGUUACUCAACGUACCAGGUCGAUUUGGUGGUCGAGGGGCGGAUUUAGACUACAGCAGCGCACCCGCACUAUACGAUUGGAGGGAAAAAAUCAGACUUACCUGCUUCAAGUUCCGGACGGCACUCGAGAAUGCGAUUGGGCAACAUGGAAAGAACUCGUCCACGUCGUCGUCCACUGUCAGGAAGAUUACAACGUUUCGGCUGCCUCUUCUGCAGGCGCGUGUGGUGGAGGAGGGUGUGGCCCUAAUGAGGGACCCGUUCCUUCGUCGCAACUGGUUUUUCGACACACUUCGAACUGAGGACGGCGAACUUGUUGAGGCAAAAACACUUCGCGACGUCCUUGUGGCGAAAGCGGUGGAAACGCUGAGAUGGAGAAACAGAGAAAGCCCGCCGCAAGACGCGAGGGAGAUGAUGAAACGGCUGCUACGCAAGAAAGCGGCAAAUGGCAGUACUAUCGAGGACCUCACGAAACUUGAGCAACUUCCAGCAGAAUGGCGCAGCGACAAGGAGAUCGUGGCGCUGGCGAAAGCGGCAAAAAUCGCGAUGUGACUUACUGAUGUUGAAAGGUGGACGCUCACGCUGUUUUCCUCGAGUAGCAGAAGAACAGGGAAGAAACUGUUGAAAUAAAUUGUCGAAAAACUACCGAGAAAUAAGUUGCGAUGUCUACUUGAGUUCAUCAAAGGUUGUACUACGGGGAGGCAGGCUAGUACCGUGAGCACCACAAUCGAAACAGAGCACAAGCAAUCGCAAACGAGAAUUAUCGUACGCACACUACCACAACGACAAUCGUCGUGGACUUUUUGAACAAGUAUAAUCCAGAACCAUGUGGUCUUUACAGCAGGCGCAUUCGCUCUAUCGAAAUGCCUUUAAUACGCCAACCCGCCAUUUAAAAUCCUAUAGAAGUCCAGAUUUUUGACUAGAAAAAUGUUGAAAUGCAGUGAUUGGCGUAGAGAAUCACCGCCCGCAUGUUGAUACAAUCAAAUAAUGUGGAAUAGUUUUAGCGUAAAGGUAGACAGACACGCAGACGCACUCUCCUACUUACAACUAAGUCAAUGAUUAUACGCGAAGAGACGAUUCGGAGACUUGCUUGGUUUACAGCAAAUCACACAUGAUAGAUUGCCGCUGGCGCUUUUUGAGAAAGAUUUUCAGAAGAGUUAUGUCGCAGACUAUUUCCACAGAAGAUCAAGAUGCCUAUGGGAAGCCGUUUUCCCCGGGCGAUUUCUUGGAAUGACUGCAAGGAGGACAGAAAGCAGUUGUGACGGAACCGAACUAAAAAUAG